CUGCCUUGCCUUGAUCUCCAUUUUGUAUGUUUUUUUCGUUGAGGUUAGCGCCUACUUUUCUAAUGGCCAGUUGCACAGCGUUACCCGUGUGAAAUUCUGCAUGACUUCUUGCAGCUGAAUGAGCGAAAAUAGCUGGAAACGGCCCAGACGACUGCAUUUAGCAGUGGGAUCUGACCAUGUAGCGUUGAAAUGACUGGAGACGAGUAGCGUCAACAGAGUCAGCGUAUUGUGAACUGCCACUUUCAACCAAAACAAUGUUGACUGGCAACCUAUGGACACAUAUCAGCAACCAGCCAUGUCAAGGAUGGAUCAAGGUGGAGUGAAGAAGAUAACAUACAGAAGAGAUGACCAUCUUAGCAAACUGGUCUACACUGAAAGUCCUGAGGAGGGAGGUCUUUUGAAAGUGGCUCCACACAGUGCCACGUCCAUCAACUCUGCCACGUCUGUCGUUCUUCCGUCAAGCCCGUUAAUGCAGCCGGGACAAGUGACGAACGGUCUCAGCAGCAGUCCCCUUCCAGAAGAGCUCACCCCUGCCCCUACCAGUAUCGGCUUUUUGCUCGACACUCAAGAGCCCAAGGACACGACCAAAGCUCAAAGACCCCAGCAGGCAUUUCAGACGCAGACAUCCAACAGAUUUGGGCAGCAACAUUUACCCCAGUUAGAGACCAGUAUAGCUGAUUCGACAGAGUCCCCCAUGGAUUCUCUCAUCGGAGGAUCAGAUCCCAACUUUUUUGCCAUGAAGACUGAGGAUUUUUCCAUGGAUAAAGUAGAGCAGGACCCCAUUGAUCUUGAUAAUGCGUUUGAUAAUAUUGGCAAAGAUGUGGAACUGAAUCAGAAGUUGUUCAACGACACGACUCUGGACCUGCUACAAGACUUUGAUCUUUCUGGAUCUCCCUCCGAUUUUUACGUUGGGCACGAUGCUUUCCUGUCCCCGAUGGAAAAUGAUCCCUUUCUCGUGGACGGGGACAUUAGAGGGACAUCAGAGAGAGACGUUAAACCAUCUGUGGCUGAGAGUAAUGCCGCCAUUGGGGCAGUCUCUCUUGCCUCCAAUGGUGCGAGCCUGACCAGUCCAGAGCAGUGCAGUCCAAGCCUGUCUACAGCUGCUUCCUUGGCCUCCUCAAACACUUUGCCUGCUUUGGUGAAAAAAGAAAAAGAUUCUGACUUCAUUCAGCUCUGCACCCCUGGUGUGAUCAAACAGGAAAAGGCAUCAGCGGGCCACAGUUAUUGCCAAGUGAGCAGGACCUCUUCGGACACGCCAGGUACCACCCCCAUCUCUAUUUGUGGGGUAAGCACUUCAGGAGGACAGAGCUACCACUUUGGUGUCAACCCCAGAAAAACCGAAGCUCAGCAGAAUGACCAGAAGCCAGUGACUGGCUUGUAUCUCCCAAUAACAACCAUUGGUGGAGCCUGGAUCAGGAACCAGGGUGCUGGGAACAACUCAAUCCACAGGGCCAGUGAGGCUUUCUCAAGCUCUCCCAACUCCGCAAGCUUUGCAAGUUCCACAUCCAGGUCAGAAGGAGGCACUCCCACAUCCACAGGAAAGACAGGGACUCAUAAAAUCUGCCUGGUCUGCUCUGAUGAGGCGUCCGGCUGUCACUACGGCGUCCUAACCUGCGGCAGCUGCAAAGUCUUCUUCAAGAGAGCAGUGGAAGGCCAGCAUAAUUACCUGUGCGCUGGAAGGAACGACUGCAUUAUAGACAAGAUCCGGCGGAAAAACUGCCCAGCAUGCCGCUUCCGCAAGUGUCUGAUGGCCGGCAUGAACCUGGAAGCUCGCAAAACCAAGAAGUUGAACCGUUUGAAGGGCUGCCAGAACAGCAACCCGCCAGAGAUGAUCCCUUCACCUCCAGUGGAGGCCCGCUCACUUGUUCCCAAAUGCAUGCCGCAGCUGGUCCCCACCAUGCUAUCCCUGCUGAAAGCCAUAGAGCCGGACACUCUCUACGCCGGCUAUGACAGCACCCUGCCUGACACCUCCACCCGCCUCAUGACCUCUCUGAAUAGGCUGGGCGGGCGACAGGUCAUCUCUGCUGUGAAGUGGGCCAAGGCUCUUCCAGGGUUCAGAAACCUGCACCUGGAUGACCAGAUGACCCUGCUGCAGUGCUCAUGGCUUUUCCUCAUGACUUUCGGUUUGGGCUGGAGGUCUUACCAACAGUGCAACGGCAACAUGCUGUGCUUUGCUCCAGACCUCGUCGUAAAUGAGGAGCGGAUGAAGCUGCCCUUUAUGGCUGACCAGUUUGAGCAAAUGCUGAAGAUUUCCAACGAGUUUGUGCGGCUCCAGGUUUCCCAUGAGGAGUACCUGUGCAUGAAGGUUCUGCUGCUGCUCAGCACAGUGCCAAAGGACGGCCUGAAAAGCCAGGCGGUGUUUGAUGAGCUCCGCAUGUCCUACAUCAAAGAGCUGGGAAAAGCAAUUGUGAAGCGGGAGGAGAACUCCAGCCAGAACUGGCAACGUUUCUACCAGCUCACCAAGUUGUUGGACUCCAUGCAUGAGAUGGCGGGAGGAUUGCUCAGCUUCUGCUUCUACACCUUCGUGAACAAAUCCCUGAGUGUGGAGUUUCCAGAGAUGCUGGCAGAGAUCAUCAGCAACCAGUUACCAAAAUUCAAAGCCGGGAGCGUCAAGCCUUUGCUCUUCCACCAGAGGUGACUGAUUCAUGCGACACAAUGCCUUAAAAUCCCACCACAACACCUCAGCAGCCCAACAAAACUCCCCCGUUGAAGAGGAAGAAGCGUCAACUAAAGGACCUGCCGUUUAAGCUAAGAGAGAAUGGAGUUUUUGGAAACGAGUAUGCAACUUUUGGGUGGAAAAAAAAAAAAGAAAAGCGAUGUUUAUGUAUAAAAAAAACCUCGACUAUGAGCAUGAAAGGUUUUGUUUGUGGAACAGUCUAAGAUGUAGUGUGUAAGAUCCAAGUAGGAAGUCUUUGUCACAGGUUAUUGCAAAUAGAAAUAGGCUAACAUUGCUGUUGUCUCAGGUGUCUUACCUCAAAAUUCAGAGCGAUAUCUGAAGCAGAUAUUUACAGAACAGAACAAAUAUCUAUGUACAGAUUCUAAUAGUAUUUUCUACAUUUUCACAUUAAGACAGUUUAUACAAUAUUUCCAGGUCGUAGUUACCUGAGAAGGUAGCAAAGCUUAAUAUCACACUCUUAAGGUAAGCUUUUUAUUUUUAGUUUUUAUAGGCUAAGAGAGCUGAGAAUCUUUAUGAUUAUUAUUAUUUUUUUUUUGGUUUAACAGGGGAAACAAACGUCUGUUUUCUAAUGAUUUUAAGAAGCUUAUGUCUUUGCGUCGAUUAACUUUGGACAUUAGCAGUCAGUCCACUUGUUAAAGAAUGAUUUCUCCCACACGCCAACCUUUUCCAGGUUUACAUGUCAGUUACAAAAGGGAAAAAGAUGUGCCUUUUUUUGCUUCAAAUAGCCAUUUUCUUCCUGCUGUACUUCUACCUGUUCAUGUCAUAGUUGAUUGUACUUUUUUAUAUUCCACACAGUCGCAGCUUUCUGUUUUUUGAUGGCUGUUAGUCUUUAGAAGAGGCAGCUCGGUGCGUAGAAAAAGGAUCCUCGUGACUCGGAAAUAUCACCCCGCCUGCUCUCCUCCCUUGUGAUCUUUCGCACACUCUGCUGCACAAGUGCAUUUUCCAGCACUUCUUUUUUUUCUUUUUUUUCGUUACGCGAAAGGCUUUAAAAAAGACUGUGAAGAAAGACUGUUAAUCCGUGCUGGUCUUUCAUACGAGACUUUGCGUAGAAGUUACAACUUUUUCUAAGAGGGGAAACGGCCUCACACUCCUGUCCAAGCAGUGGAGUACUAAAACCUAGACACAAACGAGGGGGUUUGCUUCAUUUAUGAUCAUUCAGGAAUAUUGAAGUGGUUUUAACAGGACUCAAACCCUCUGUGUUUGUUUGUUUUUUUUACAGUGGUUUUGGUAAAAUAAAAGAAAACAAACAAAAAAAAAUGUAAUAUUUUCACCCGUGACUCUCUUUGCUCUCAGUUGGCAUCUUAUUUUUUUGAGUAAUGUGUCCAUCGGUAGCCGACGUAUUAAUCGUUUCAAUGUUGAAUAAAUAGUUGAACAAUUUGGGAACGAAGUCACUGAAGUGUUUGGAGAGCUGAGAAUCUUGAUGCCACUGUCAUAGAUGUGUGUGUGUGUGAACGUGAAGCUGGGGGUGAGUUUUAAAGACGCCGUCUCUUUGGCGCCUCGCCUUUCAAGGCGGACUAUUUCUCGGCUGAGAUUAUAGUUAAUCCUGAAGCUUCCUCGAUUUAUGCGGCUGGUGAGUCGUGUUGCAUUUCCCCGUGAAAGAACAGAUUUGUCACUUAUUUUAUUUUUUGGAAUUAUUUUGUGGCUCUUAAUUGGAUCCUAGAAAAAGAUUGAAACUCAUGUGUAGAGGUUUUUCGGAGCGACUGUUUUUUGUCUCUUUCUGGUAAAUUUUUACCCUCCGAAACAAAUGAAAUACGAGUGUUUUCCUAAAUGUCCGUGCAUUUCUCUCCAACCCAUCAGUUUGUACGAUAGAUGGCUUGUGUGUACAGUACUCUGGUGUCAGGUCCUGUCAGAUUGGUGAUCCCCGAAAGCCUCCCACAGCUCCUUGUAACCCUAAAAGUCUUGCUACCUUAAUGCCCCGUAUGCAACCUACCCAAAUGUCUGUGUCUUAAUCGGCGUUGCAUGUUUGAUUGUCUACUGCGUGGUCGUGGCCCCGGCGUUUGAGCGUACUGCACACGGAUCACGGUGGAAGCGCAGCGUUUUCUUUUUGGGAGGCCGGCAGUCAGAAUGGAUCCUUUUAACUCGGGGAACCUUUUGGGUGUCAAACUCCCACAGCAGCGGCGUUUUCUCUUUUUUUUCCUCGCCGAUGCUGGAAGUUGCAGUAUUCGCAAGAGGAAGCGGGCGUUCUCGGUGGAAGGAAGUGUUCUUACGAGUGCAGGGAUGGGAGGAGUCUGGAGCCGCCGGCGCCUCGGCCUGACAGUAUCUCUAGUUUGGGGUUCGGAUCGGAACGUCUUUUCUUAUCAGGUCUGCAUAGCUUGUCUCGAGUGCGUUUCAUAACCUCAACAUGUUAUUGUUUAAACACAAGGUUUUAACAUGAAUGUGAUACUUAAAGAGAUAUUCAGAUAGUUUAACAGAAGUAUAUAUUGGCUGGUGAAAGUUAGUGAGCUGCCUGGAAUACAAAUAUAUAUAUAAAUAUAUAUAUUAUUAGAUUAAUAUUUCAAGUAAGUGCUCACUUAUAUAUUUAAAUAUGUCAUAGGUUGUUUUUAUGUGUGUCCCAACAACAGAGAAGAGCAUCAAUAUUACUAUAAAAUACACUGCUUCCAAGCUCAGGUUUAAAAAAAAAGAUAUGGUCUUAUUCAAACUUUUUUGUUUUGUUUUAAAGUUCCAAGAAAAGCCAAAAACAGUUUUCUGGACAAGUUGGAUCUCCCAAAUGUUGUCUGCUUUUUGUGUUUCAUGAUGUUUUGUGUGUUGGGGAAAUAUUUUAGUUGGUAGGAUGUGUAAAGUUUGAUGGGUAAGCUGCCGCCGCCGCCGCUGCCAUUCUUGAUAGAUUGGCUCAGACAGACAAUGGAUCCUUUUUUUUCUUCUUUUUUUUGUUGGUGUUUGUAAAAGUCAAAACAAAAAAACACCGUCAUCACCUGUAAAAGGGUUACUUUCACAUUCAGUCUAUCCAAGACUCUGCUGCUGCUGCUGCUGCUGCUGCUGCUGUUCCUUUAUACAGGCGUAUAUUAACACACGGAUAGAUAAAACUGUUGGUACCCCUCUGAUAAUGGAAAAACAAAUACACAAUCACUGAAACAACUUGACGAAAAGGAAUUAAAAGUUCAGCAAUAAAAAUUGCUUUUAAAUUUUUGCACAACAUACUUCUAGAAGUGAGCAUUUUUGCAAUAUCAGAGGAGUACAAACACAUUUUAUAUAUGUGUGUGUACAUUCUAUAUGAUCUCAAAGUUGCCUCUUCUUGCUCAAAAAUGUCUCCUGUUUACUUUCUUUGACAUUUCUGAAGAGAAACCUGAAUAUGCAAUAGAAAAGACAAACAAUCAUCAUGAUGCAGCAUAGUGCUCUUUUCUUUUUUCUGUUUUUUUUUUUUUUUAAACAAUAUAAGCUACUCCCAGGAGAUGCAUUUAAAUGUUAUCUCUGCAGGUCAGAUUUUUAGGACGUUCAGGACAGUAGUCACCAGUUGACCCGGACUGCUCUCACGUUGAUCUCUUGACUACAAGGCGACCAAAGCUAACACAGACUCAUUUUAACUCCGCCUUUUAAAAAAAAAAAAAAAAAAAGGAAAUGCGGGCUCCACGGUGACAAAUGUACAGGUUUUUUUUUUUUUUUUAAAUAAACACUUUGAAUAUUUUUUAACACAUCAUAGCUUUGGUCAAAUCAUGUAAUACUGUGAAUAGAAUAGAACCAUGUUUUUUUUUUUUUUUUUUUCAUACACAAACUGUUUGUGAAAGUAAUCUACCAGCUUGAAUCAAAAAAGAUUUUAAAAAAACAACAACUUUUGCACUACCCAAAUAUUGUUUGAAUAUCUAUUUUGUAUAAAACAUAUGCAGACUUUAAGAAUAACAAAGGGCGGAUCAUGUUUCACUGGUGUGUUCUUUCUCUACAAAGCGCUUUGUUUUUUUGUUUUUGCUUCAAACAAGUUGGAUCUGUACAUAGAAUCCAUUGUAAAGAAACUGCGGUGUAUUUGUCUCCAGAUAAGUUUUACAGUACCAUGCCCCCCCUCCCUGUAUUUUUCUCCUCUAUAGUGUGACUCUCGUUGAUCUUUUGCGUCAUUGAUUAAAGUUUGAACUGUAUGUGUUUUGUGUGGUACUUUUUCAGCAUAAGGAACUGUAAACUGGUGUUUUUUCUUAAUACUAACUCGUGAUUCUGAACGGUGGACGUGGGAAGCUCAAUGUAAGCUACUUCUCCAUCUUUGCAGCACUUGUUCAUCAAAUAAAACUUUUUUUUUCCCAU